UGCGCGCGUGCGUCGUGCUGUGGUUUGUGUGCAACUUCGUCGAGUGUAAGCGUAUAGAUGUUCUCUGGUGUAAAUGUGUGGCUAAUGUAGUAGCCGUUUGAGCGAUCCGGCGGCUGUUGCUCGAGACCCGCAGCUGCCUGACCGCUUCCAGCAGCGUCGACCUGCCUGUGUGUGUGUGUGUCACUUUGCUGCGAGUCGCCAGCCGCGUCCGCCAGGCAUGCAAGCGCGCGCUACCUCCGCGAGCGUCCCUUGAAACGCUACCAUGGUGGUCGCCGACCAAGGCAACUGGGUGGCCGAUGUCGUGAUCGUCGUUGAAGGCACCGCAAACCUCAGCCCAUACGUGGAGAGCCUCAAGAGCCACUACAUUGUCCCGACGUUGGAGUAUUUCAAUGGCGGUCAGAUUGACGACAGGGACUGUGGCUACGAUACAAACAGCACCACUUAUGCCUUGGUGGUGUUCAUGGCAUCCGACUGUGCUCCCGAGCCAGCCGCCAUCUGCCAUGCUCCAACGACGAAUGUGGCCAAGCUGCUAUCCUGGUUUGACCGUGUCUCCUUUGUCGGCGGAGCUGGAGAGUCAUGCAGUCACAUUGCCGAAGGCCUUGGGACUGCACUGCAAGUGUUCGAUGACUUCCAGGGACUGCGUGAACCGGGAGCGGUGGUGCAGAAGCAUUGCAUCCUGGUCUGCAACUCUCCACCGUACCGGCUGCCCACAUUGGAGAGCCCAGUGUAUGCCGGCCACUCGGUCGAGCAGCUUGCCUCAAUCAUGGCUGAGAGGCAAGUCAACUUUAGCAUCCUUUCACCGAGGAAGAUCCCAGCCCUGUACAAACUCUACGAAAAGGCUGGCGGUGACCUCCAGACGGCGCUGUGCAAGAACUACGCCAAGGACCGAAGGCAUAUGGUGCUUCUGCGGGGCUAUCAGCUCCAAGAGCGACCGGUGAGCCCCCCCAUUGCGGUGUCCGAAGUGAAAGUAGAGCCAACACCGUCCCCGUCGGCCGUGGCACCCCACAACCCCCGCAGCCCCGCCACCACGCCAGCCGGUGUCGGACAGAAGCGGCCUGCCGGUGGUUCGCCACCAAACCCUCGCGAGGCCAAGAUGUUCAAGCAGCCCACCUCGCAGGCGUCACCCAUGAGCACCAUGGGUGGCUCCCCCCAGCAGCCACAGCUGCAGUUCCAGAACCAGGGCGCUCGGCCGGGCAUUCCGACCCCGCCCGCCCCACACCUGGCGGCCAUCAACCAGCCGAACCCGCCCAAUGUCACAUUGCGGUCCAUCCCAGACGCAAUGAAUCGGACCACCCAGAAUCGGUCGCCAGUCACUAUUGCAGGAGGUGCAGCAGGAACUGUGCGUCUGCCCUGGAACCAACAGCCGCCGCAGGGUGUGGUGUCUCCGGUGGUGUCAGGUGGUCCACCGGUGUCCACCCCUCCGCCCCCAACACAGACCAGCAUGCCCCUGCUGGCUAGCCAGCUGUCCAAUGCCCCAAUGGCCAGCGGACCUCCACAGCAGAUGCGGCCCACACAUCCGACACCCGUCAGCUGUGCUACGGGGCCUCAGAUGCAGACAGGCUUCAGGGGUCCGUCCAUGCGAAUGGGCGUGCCUCCAGGAGGUGGCCCUCCUGGAGUGGUGGGCCAAGGGGGCAACCCCCUGGUAGGGGCUGGUGCGCAGGUGUCCCAGCAGGGAAUGCCCCCGACUGGACCGGCCGCUCCUCCACCCAGCACCCUGGCUGCGCAGCUGAGCCAGAUGCCCCAGGGGGGACCCCCGGGGAGCCAGUUCCCACCCGGACCCCCUCUUGCACAGCAGCAGGCCCAACAGCAACAGCAGCAGCAGGCUCAACAGCAACAGCAGCAGCAGCAACAACAACAGCAGCCCAAGGGCCCGCCCCAGCAGCAGCCCCAAGGGCCACCCAUGAUGGGAGGUGGUGGACCCCCGCAAGGCAUGCAGCCCCAGCAGCAACAGCAGCAGCCACCACCCGGGGCGGGUCCCGCUGUGAGCCUGAAGGAACGGCGAGUGGUGUGGCAAGGCCAGGUGGAGUACCAGGACAAAAUGCCAGGAAACCCGCGGAACGUGUACACUCUCCAGUGCAGCAUCUUUGCCAGCGUUGUCAACGGCGAGCCCGAAGUUUGUGCGGACAAGUGGCCGCCGAAACUGACCUUACAGCUGAUGCCGCGGUCGAUGUUGAUGAACGUGGUGCUGGCGGUGAAGAAUGCAUCACGUGGCGUGGUGAUGUCAUUCGAACCGGGUGAUGGUCUCGUCAAGCUGUCGCGCUUCAUGGGGUCGGCCUGGUUGGGCCUGGUGCACUUUGCAAGCCCGCCGGCCGACCUGAAGCUCAUGUUGGUGGUGUACAUGGCCGACAAGAAUUUGUUCAUGGGCAUGGUGGCCAAUGACCAGGAAAGCCUGUUUGCAGCCGUCAAGCAGGUCAUCGAUGCCCACCGCAAGCAACAGCAGUCCAAGACAAAGAUGGUGCACUGGGAACCAGGCUCGGCACCGCCCAUGUGUGUAACGCCAGCUCCUGUGUACCAGGCGUACAUGUUCACCGAGGUGAACCAGCCGUUUGCGACAGUCGGUCCAGGUUACCCUGGGAACUCGUACUCGCCUGAGCUGCAGAACAUGUCUGGUGGCACCAUGGCGACAGCGGGCGGCAUGAACAUGGCUGCUCCCGUGCCCAAUGCAGCGAUGGGCAUGGCACCGGCAGCACCAGGGCAGCAGUACUCUGCUGCCAUGUGGCCUGGCAACAACAUUUUGGCAAAGACGCCCGAGCCCUCCAGACAAGCGCAAGGAAUACUCCAGGCUGAGUUCACGCGUGGCAUUGCACCUCACAACCAGCCUACCACGAACAGCCAUCAUCUACAGGAGGUUGUUCGAUCACGAGGUCCUAAGUUGAUGCCUCCUGAGCAACAGGGUCCCCCGCAGCAGCAGGUGCCCCCCAAUGCACAGCCACCCACUAUGCCGGGGGUUGGGGGGCCUCGAGGGGGGCCUCUGGGGGCCCCACCCCAGGGAGGUCCCCCGGGUCCACCCCAGGUCCCGCCACAGGGUCUCCCACCAGGAGCGCAAGCGGCCGCAGUGUCGCAGCAGCAGGCCAACAGGCUCUCGCAGCUCGAGGCUGAGCGACAGCAGAACCUGCUGAAGAUUGAGCAGCUGCGGCAGACCCUGGAGGCAGCACAGGCCAAGGAGCUCCAGUACAAGGCAGCCCAAGAGCAGCAGAGCAUGCUGGAACGCCAACGGGCCGUCACACACCAGGCACAACAGAUUCAGCAGCAACAACAGCAGCAGCAGCAACAACAACAGCAGCAGCAACAGCAGCAGCAGAGGUUCCAGCCAAACCAGACGCCCAAUCUCCGGCACAUUCUUCAGCAGCAGAUGCGCCAGCAGCAGAUGCUGCAAAACCUGCAGCAGCAGUCCAGCAUUCGAGCUCAGCUGGCAGGAGGUCUGGCCAUGGGGGGACCUGGGCCGCAGGGCUCUCAACAGCAGGGCGGCGGCGGGCCCGGGUGGGACGACACUGCUCUCCUAGACCUGCUGGGGGGCGCGGGGGGACCCCACAAUGGCUGAUCGGCGCAGCUGCCUUGCACCCCUCCUUUCCCCUGCUCCUCCAAGGAGAGUCGAGCAAGAGCUGGAAACCGAGCGGCCAUACUUGCAGGUCGCUUUGCAUCGGGCACCCUUCAACUAAUGUAACUCCUUUCCAUGUCUGCCCUUAGGCCUCAUUCACGAAGCCGUCAGACGCUACGCCAUGUUGCCUUCGCGCAUCAGCGUCUGCUAAGAUACAGCAUUUUGUUGGUGCUUUUUCUUUUAAAAACGAGACGCCGAAGGCAUUAUGAGCAUCGGUUAAUGCCAUCGUUGUACUGUUAUUUAGCAGAAGAUAGAACAUGCUGUCCCUUGGCAGGCACUGGUGCCAUGAAAAUAACACGACGAAGCAUUGAUGGCUCUGCGAAUCAGGCCUCUGUCUUCGCGACUGUCUCAGUCUGUUAUUCACAGGAGACAUUAGUUGGGGCAGUAGAAAAUUGGAUGACCUCGCGCGCACGUGCGC